AACUAAUCCAGUUGGCAACUGGAAAUAAAUGGGAACGUCGCCGCAUGAAAUUUCCGAGCGACAAAAUUUUCGUAACUGCUAGGUAUGUUCGAUCACAUCAAAAUUACAGAAUUACCGUUUCAGUCGAGAGAUACAUUAGCUAAGGCCUGUAGCGACGUUAUCGAAGACCUUCUCAAAAAGACCUACGAGGAGGAAGAUCCGCAUAUAGAAUCCGUAACGAAUCAUCCAGCCGAACAAUCUGUCAUUACUGUCAUUGAAGACAAGAAUACACAUAGCGGAAAGAACCAAUAAGUUUAACUGAAGACCUUUUUUGUCGUUGUUUUUACGAAAGAAAUUUAGGUGAUGUUCAAUUUUUUUAAUUAUUUACAAUCAUUCUCCGCUGAACUGAAACGAAAAGAUACCACAGAAACCUACUCACAAUAAAGCUAAUUGUAAGAGUAAUAUCAAUUAAGGGAUAAUGGAAAAAUUUAUGGAAGCUUUUAAUUUAUAUCGACAAAAAAUCACCGAGUUUUAUAAAGAAUCCGAAGAUUUGCUCAACGGCGUAAUUCCUUCUCCAACUUUACAAUACGACUCGUUCUAUGAGAAGCAAAAUAGGGAAGUCGUGGAUGACAUUAGGGAAAAGAGCGAAGAGAUUGAAUUGGAUGACGUUCAGAACAGCAACAAGGAUCAAGAAAAUAAAGAUUUCAUCUUGGAAGGAAAUGAAAGAGAAUCGGAUAAUAAUAACAACAACAGUGAAGAUGAAGAUGCUUUUGGGAAUAUAGUAGGCGAUGUAGAUAUUGUGGGUGAGCCGUUGUCCAGUGUUCAGUGCCCCCUUUGCUAUAGAGCGUUUGUGGAAGAAAUGGCCAGACGUUAUAAAAAUCAUAUUUUGAUGAAUGGCGAAAAUGAACUGAUUGAGCAAAUAGUAGACGGUCAAUUUCUCAUGAAUGCCCAAAAAGAUCCGCAUUUCAAAGAUCUUAUUGGACAUUUGUAUGCUCAGGGUGAUAAUGGUGUCAUGGAGAAUGUUGGCUGGGCCAUGUUCGAUGCCGAUGUAAAUGUUCCUCAAAGUAUAGAAGUAAAUGUCACUUUUCCGAAAAGUUACGAGGUUUUAAAGGUACUACUUGCUCUGAAUGUUUUAAUUCUUUGUAAGCUGUACGUUUGGGACACGUUCGUAAGAAAUUUGAUAAGUUAUUUUUUUAAUUUCAUGGAUUGAAGUAUCUACACGUAUCCAAAAAUAAAGUUCUUUGGGAAUUGCUUCA